AGCAGCUCGCGGCGAGUGGAUUUAAUUCCAUAAAAAACAUUUCACGGCAACGGACGCGUGCGGACCAAGUAAAAAUAACCGGAGAGAGCGACGAGCACUGAGCUGAGUUGAAAAUAAAAAGCGGAAGAAGGCUAAAGGCGCAAGGCGAAUAUUUGAAAAAAAAAAAAAAAAAAAAAAAAAAAAAAAAACGAAAAUAAAUAGCGAAAAAUAGCGAGAAAGAUAGACAGUCAGAAAAAAGAAAGAUAGAAAGCAGAUCAAGGCGAGAAAACAAAAAUCGCGAGUGCAUUACUAUUUUUUUUCCCGUGUGAGUGCAAUCUCGAGAGGCAACAACUGCUAGGAGGAUGGAUCGGGAGCUGAACGGCGCUAUGAGGAGUGUGUCUAUAAAUAGCAACGGUACCGCACAGCUGAACGGACACAGUCGCGACGAAACGGAUCGAGUGGGUGGUGUACCGGGGGGUGUGGUAACAGCGACAGCGGCGGCAGCGGCAGCAUCACAGACCACCACAAAAUGCAGCUCGACGGCGAACGCAAAUGCAACAGCGGCCACAAAUGCAGCGAUAGCGUUGGAGGCGAACCUUUUUGCGGCCGCUAGCGCAUCAGAGAAAAAGAAGAUGGUGCACGAGUUAUGUCAGCAGCUGCUGCUAACGGACGAGCAGGUGCAGGAGCUGUGCUAUCGCAUCCUCCACGAGCUGCGACGCGGCCUCGCCAAGGACACCCAUCCGAAGGCCAAUGUCAAGUGCUUUGUUACGUACGUGCAGGACCUGCCCAACGGCAAUGAGCGCGGCAAGUUCCUCGCCCUCGAUCUCGGCGGCACCAAUUUCCGGGUGCUCUUGAUCCACCUGCAGGAGAACAACGACUUCCAAAUGGAGUCCCGCAUCUAUGCCAUACCCCAGCACAUCAUGAUUGGCUCGGGCACCCAGCUGUUCGAUCACAUAGCCGAGUGCCUCUCCAAUUUUAUGGCGGAGCACAAUGUCUAUCAGGAGCGAUUGCCCCUCGGCUUCACCUUCUCGUUCCCGCUGCGCCAGCUGGGCCUCACCAAGGGCCUGCUGGAGACCUGGACCAAGGGCUUCAACUGUGCCGGUGUCGUCAACGAGGAUGUUGUCCAGCUGCUAAAAGACGCCAUCGCCCGGCGCGGCGACGUCCAGAUCGAUGUGUGCGCCAUCCUGAACGACACCACCGGCACCCUGAUGAGCUGCGCCUGGAAGAAUCACAACUGCAAGAUCGGCCUGAUCGUCGGCACCGGCGCCAAUGCCUGCUACAUGGAGCGCGUGGAGGAGGCGGAACUCUUCGACGUCGAGGCGGACAACAAGAAGCCCCAUGUCCUGAUCAACACCGAGUGGGGCGCCUUCGGCGAUAAUGGUGCCCUCGACUUUGUCCGCACCGAGUUCGAUCGCGACAUCGACGUGCACAGCAUCAAUCCCGGCAAGCAGACCUUCGAGAAAAUGAUCUCCGGCAUGUACAUGGGCGAGCUGGUGCGUCUCGUUCUCGUCAAGAUGACCCAUGCCGGUAUACUGUUCAACGGCCAGGACUCGGAGGUCCUCAACACCCGGGGCCUCUUCUUCACCAAGUAUGUGAGCGAGAUCGAGGCCGAUGAGCCCGGCACCUUCACCAACUGCCGGCUGGUCCUCGAGGAGCUCGGCCUGACCAACGCCACCGACGGUGACUGCGCCAACGUCCGCUACAUCUGCGAGUGCGUCUCGAAGCGGGCCGCCCACCUGGUGUCCGCCGGCAUCGCCACCCUCAUCAACAAGAUGGACGAGCCGCACGUGACCGUGGGCGUUGACGGCAGCGUGUAUCGGUUCCAUCCCAAGUUCCACAACCUGAUGGUCGAGAAGAUCUCGAAGCUGAUCAAGCCGGGCAUCACGUUCGAUCUGAUGCUCUCGGAGGACGGAUCGGGCCGAGGUGCGGCGCUGGUGGCGGCGGUCGCCUGUCGCGAGGACAUGCUCUCGCCCAAAAAGUAGGAUCUGACGCCGCUGAUGAUGAAGUGAAGUCCUGCGAGCGAGCGGAGGGCCAGGCGGCGGAAACCGGAGAACACCUAGUACACGGCCACGGCCACCACGGCGUAUGCGUAAUUACAGUCAGGCCUCGCUAACUCGCCAAGAGCGCCACACCAACCACCAACCACCAAGCACCAUCCCUGCCAGCUGCCAGAUGAAGAGAAACUGAAUCGACAAACCAUCCUCACUGAUAACCUGACCUGGCCUCCUCAAGUAGAGAUGUCCUCCGGAAGGAUCAACGUGAUACAAAAUUCGGCCAUUGGGAGAGAGAGAGAGAGCGCUUUGUCGGGAGUGUAGAGAGAGAGAAUCGAACCGUUUGGAGAGUUUGCUUUUGGAGAGUUAGCGAGGCCUGCUGCUGUAGGUUCCUUCGUUGGCCGUCGCCAGGGGGCGCUAGCCACGCCCACACAAACAACGCCACCUGGCGACGUGCUGCUUUAGUAUUUUAAUUAGGCAAAAACAAAAACAAAAACUAAGAAAAAAAACAAAGUUUUUAAAGAAACACACAGAAAGAAAAGGAAAAAGAGAAGAAAAUACAAAAAGUAAUCCCACUAAGAGACAGAAGAUUUGUUGCAUUCUAUCUCUUUCUCUCCUAGUUAAAACUUAAAAAACAAAAAACUAUUAAAAAAAAAGAAAGAAAAGGUAUGCUUAAUGGAUCGAUUUUCGAUUUUUGUUGAAAAUUUGUUAUGCUAUUAUAUACAUAUAUAUUUUACGAGAAAAACAAACCGAUAAAUAAUACACACAAAAAAAAACCACUAUUAUAGUACAAUUUGUGAAACGAAUUUCUUUUCGAAUUCCCCCGCCCCCGCCCCCGCCCUAUCCCACAGACCGAGAGCCAGCGAGAGAGAAAGAGAGAGAAAUUGUUAUACUAUCGUGCUACAAGCAUUUUAGCAUAUCCUGCAGGACAACCGACAAAAAUCGCACAUUUUUAACGAAAGAUAGAAAGAAAUAAAAAGAAAAAACAAGAAAAUGCUUGCAAAAAAAAGCCGCUAUAAAGGAAGAAGAGCAGGACAGAGAGAGAGAGAGAGAGAGACAGGGAGUGCGACAGGGAGAGAGACAGGAAAUACUAGGCGAAGAAACCGACGGCGCUAGACGGUGUCCUUUCUGUAAUUGUAAAUGUUUAUAUAGAACCUAUUACGAAGCGUUAUAUGAUAAUACUUGCAUACAUAUAUAUUUACAUAUAUAUAUAUAUAUAAAAUAUGAUAUACAUUAGCCACUAUAUUACUGACUUUUUUUUUUUUUGUGUAAUUGUACUGCUUUGUACGGUCUUUGUUUAGUGAAUUUGUUUGUUGUUUAAACUAAACAUAUAAGAAGGUAAUAACGUUUUUUUUCCACCCCCUCCCCCUUGGAUAUACAACA